CUGAGUUUCGAUUUAGCUGCCUAAGCUGCGCUCUUUGGUUUGGGCGGAGUCAGGCUGACCUCAGCCACAGCUGUGCGCUGGCGCCUCCUCGGGCUGCAGGAGCCUCUUCCCGACUUCCUGCCUGCUGGAGUGAUUCUCGCAGGUCCUGGACCAUCAGUCAAGGCCCAGGAAGCACAGGAAUCCCCCAACGGCCAAGGAAGUGACAUCCGGAACCGGAGGGAGGAGAGAUGCAGCCAGAGCCCAAACCUGGAGACCUGAUUGAGAUUUUCCGAACAUGCUACCGUCAUUGGGCUGUUUAUGUGGGUGAUGGUUAUGUCGUCCACCUGGCACCUCCAAGUGAAUAUGCUGGGGCUGGUGCCUCCAGCAUCAUGUCAGCCCUCACUGAUAAAGCCACGGUGAAGAAGGAGCUGCUCCGUGUGGUGGUUGGGAGUGACAAGUACCAGGUGAAUAACAAACACGACAACAGGUACCAGCCGCUGCCACCCAGCAAGAUCGUUCAGCGGGCUUUGGAGGAGGUGGGAAAGGAUGUCCUCUAUAAACUGACCAGUGAAAACUGUGAGCACUUUGUGAAUGAACUGAGAUAUGGAGUCCCUCGAAGUGACCAGGUCAGAGAUUUCCUCGUGGGAGCUGGGAUAGCUGGCAGUUUGGCUGUUGCCGGCCUCAUUGGUGUGAUGGUUUCAAGAAACAGACGGCAAAACCAAUAAGACAGCUAUUCAAAUUAUGGCAGCUUAGCUGCACCACGAGUUAUAUUGUGCAGUGUGGCAUUCAGUGCCUUAUUGCUUUUAAUAAAGUAAGAUGAUUUCAUUUCCAAAAAAAGUCCACUGGGAGAUGGCCCAGGAUGAGUCUAUUCCAAGCUCUCCCCCUCGGUUUAGACUGAAAACUGAAUUAUCUUCCAUCAAUCUUUCCUGGUUCAAUGUUGGUCCAGUCUACGCUUUGCCAUACUUGGAAGAAAAAUGUUAAUAACUGGUCCCGAGAUGGUGCCUCAAGCUCCUUAAUCAUGGACUUGGCGCCGGAAGGGCCCUUAGUGAUCCAUCCUCUGGUCCUAAUCCCUCAUCUGAGAGAGGAGGGGACAGAGAGGUUGUGACUUGUCCAAGGUGACAGUGUAGGAAAGGCUCAGAACUGGCUUCAUUUGGGGUCCUCUGGUAGCAAAGCCCAGUGCCCUUUUCUGUUUUAUUUUUCAGUUCCAUAAAUGGGAGCUUGAGACAAGACCCUUCUAGGUGGCAGGGGUCUGGAAUUUCUCUCUAUCCACAUCCGGUAGCCAUGGCCAGAGUAACAGCUACCCAUUGACUUCCUUCCUGUGGCUGGUUACUAAGAAUGGAUGGAGUGAAAAUGCAUCCUGAGGACUUGUGGGUGGAUGGGUUAGUUUCUCUCUCCACCUGACCAUUUCCUCUAAUUCUCCCAUGCUCUUAGGGCUCAGGCACAGGAUGACUUCAGGAGGACCACACUCAGCCAAUCUUAGAGACUGGGGGAAGAUGGGAAAGAUCUCUUUUUUGACUCCCAUGUGAUUCGAGGAGUGUCAGGGAAGGAUUCCAGUAUAUCAAAGGACCAAUCUGGCUGAAAUCCACCAUUAGAGAUUGACUGCUUUAAGUUAAAACAUACCAAAUGCAGGAAUUCUCCUCUAUCCCCCCCCUCAAAUUGUAAAGCUACAGGUGAUAUUUGUUUGGUAAGCUCUUACCAUCUUUGUCUCAAAUUCUGCCUGGCCAGUCUACCACCAAUGAUCUGAGGAAAGUCUGGGUGGUGCCUACCAGGCAGGGAGAAAGAGAGGUCUGGAGCAUGGGCCUGGGUUGGAAUAGAGUGAAGGGUAGCUGGUGGAGACAUGUGGAAGAAUGUGCCUAGGGGAAGAAAGAGAGCAACCAACCGGCCCUUUGAUGCUACUCGAAGUGAGACUCCAUUUGGUUUGAGAGAGGAGUCACUCUCCUCAGAGGGAGUCUCCCUUUUACAAAGGGCAGCUUUUGGGGCAUAUGAACAAUGGCAGGGCCAGGAGUGAAGAGCCAGCUUUGUCACUUACUAUGUAACCUUGGGCAAGUCAUUGCCCUCUGUGCCUCAGUUUCUUCAUCUUUCAUUUGAGAGUCAAAGCAGUACCACUUUGAAAAGUAUAAAAUAUCAUAUUAACAUAAGGGAUUUUUAGUAUUUCUUAAUAAAACGUUUGCCUGUUGUUCAAAA